GAAAAAAUUAGUCGCAGAGAAGAUUUUGAUUAAUUUAAAUGUAAAAAAGUAAUGUGAAGGAUAUUAUUAAGUGAAUUUAAAGUGAAAAGUGUCUAAAGUAUUCAAAAAGAUCGAAUUAAAAUGCAAAAACAAAUUUUUUCUCUUCUAAUUUUCAUACAAUUAAUUAACCCAAUAUUUCCGACGCAUUCUCAAUAUCAAGAAGAAUCGAAAAGAUAUUUAAAUGUUUAUAGUGAUGAAAAUGAGAGAACAAAACCAUUAGUUAUUAAGAAUACAAAUCAAGAUUUAUUGGAAGCUAUUCAUAGUCGAUACCGACGAGAUUUAAGUGGAACUGCAGAUCGUAAUGAAGGAAUUAAAAAUAUUACGACGAAGCAUAAUUCGCUUAAUGAUUCCCACGCACAACUCAUGGUCCAUUGGCUCGGUGAGGGGACAAAUGUAAUGAUUUGCUUAGCUCGCGAUCCGCCUUUAGGUCCAAAUGAUGAUCCAAAUAUCACCACAACAACGCCGUCAACAAUUUUCAUUUCCUACGAUUACGGUGACAUAUUUAUUGAUAAAACGGAAAGUUUUCGACUAAACAAAAGUGGAAAUAUUAUAAACUCAACUGUCGAUUUAUUUGUAACACAUCCAAAAUUUAACACUAUCGUAUUUACUGAUACCAGCAAUAAUGCCAUUUUUACAUCCGACGAUAAUGGAGAAACAAUAAAGAAUCAUCUUCUUGACUUUAAGCCAUCCGAUGUAUCAUUCUUUGAAGGAGAUUCAAGGACAUUCUUAGUAUUAAAUAAGGAUGAUCCAGAGCGAAGACUUUAUCUUACUACCGAUUUCGGAGAAUCAUUUGAUCUUUUACAAAGCUAUGUAAAGUCAUUCAUAUGGUCAUCCGGUGAUGGUGUUGCAACACAUUUAUACGUUGAACGAAAGGAGCCAACAAAUACAUCAUCAAUUAUUUUCAUUAAUGCAUCUGAACUGUUAAAGAAUGGACCAAAGAAAUUCCAUUUACUCAUUGAAAACGUUCAAGAGUUUUACGUUAAAAAGGAUUUCAUGUUCGCAACACAAAAGUUAUUGAACAAUACAAAACUACUCGUUUCUUAUCGUCGUGAAGCAUUUGUGAAAGCUGAAUUUGUGACAGAAUUGGAUAUUAAGGGGAUUCAUAUUGCAGAUAUUGAGGGCAAGAGAAUAUUAGUUUCAGCAAUUCACAAUGAGAAAAUAUCACAUCUUUACGUAUCAGAAUCGAAUGAGAAAAUGACUGACAUUAAGUUCGUUCAGAGUCUGGAGAAUAUUUUCACAUACAUGCCAGACUUGAAUUGGCGUAGCAGUUGGUUAACACAAUCGGCAGAUGAACCAUUUACUGAUCUAUAUAAAGUUGAAGGAUUACGUGGAAUUUAUAUUGCAUCGAAAAUCAUAAAAAUGCCAAAUACAGAUGCAAUUUCACCUGAUAAUUUGGCUUCUGUCAUUACAUUCGAUCAUGGUAGUACGUGGAGUUCUCUUAUUGCUCCAACUGUCGAUGAUGAAGGACAAGCUAUUCAUUGUAAAGACUGCUCAUUGCAUUUAAGUCAAAAGUUUAGUCAACUUUAUCCUGUCACACGUUCAGUAACCAUUAUGAGCUCUAAGUCGGCGCCUGGCGUUAUUAUGGCAUCAGGAGUUAUUGCAAAAAGUCUCAAAGGACAUCCAGGUGUUUACAUUUCCCGUGAUGCUGGUCUUACAUGGAAACAAAUACUCAAAAAUUAUCAUUUCUUUAACAUGGGUGAUCAUGGUGGUCUAUUGGUUGCGGUUAAAUAUUUCAAAUCGAAGGGAGAAACGAGAGAAAUUUUAUAUUCUACUGAUGAGGGUGAUAAGUGGUCAUCAUACUCAUUCCACAGUACAGACUUGAAAGUUUAUGGUUUGAUGACAGAACCGAAUAGUAAUUCUACAAUAUUUACAUUGUUUGGCUCAGAAGUUAGUGAACAUCGUUGGUUGAUAAUAAAAAUAGAUUUAAAGAACGCUUUUACGUCAAAUUGCACGGAGGAUGAUUACAAGUAUUGGGCACCAAAGUCACAUAAUGGCGAUAGUUUUAUGCCCUGCGUUCUUGGACGACAAGAUACAUAUCAGCGUAGAAAAGCUCAUGCAAAUUGUCAUAAUGGAAAGGAUUAUGUUCGACCCAUCCGUCAAGAAGUAUGUUCAUGCUCAAAAUGGGAUUAUGAGUGUGAUGUCGGUUUUACAAGACUUAGUUCAUCAUCAGGUUGUGUUCGUAAUAAAACUAUUACAAACUUUGACCCAUACAUGGUCCCAAGCUUCUGUAAACCAGGAUUAUAUUAUAAUCGCACAAAAGGAUAUCGUAAAAUUGAAGGAGAUGAAUGCUUUAAUGGAUUUUCAUCAAUUUAUGAGCCACAGUUAAUUCCAUGUCCAUUUAAAUCUACCGGUGAAUUUUUAGUCGUGGCUCAAAGGGAUCGAAUUUCAAAAAUAAACUUAUCUGAUGGUGUUAAAGAAGUCUUUCCAGUCACAGGCCUCAAAAACGUAAUUGCUAUUGAAUACGAUCUAGCCAAUAAUUGUGUCUUUUGGGCUGAUAUUAUGACAGACGUUAUUGGAAGACAAUGCUUGAAUGGCAAGGAGGCUCCAGAAGUUCUAGUUGAAACAGGAUUAGCAUCAGUCGAGGGUAUGAGUUAUGAUUGGAUCAGUCAAAUGCUUUACUUCGUUGAUGGAAUGAGAUUGAAAAUUGAAGCUGUAAAAGUUUCAUCUCAUGCACACGAGAAAAUGCGACGCACCGUUAUUCCAUCAACAAAAUUGGCUAAACCGCGAGGCAUCGCUGUUCAUCCAAUGGCUGGAUAUCUCUUCUGGACAGAUUGGAAUGCAUUUAACCCAUCGGUGUCGAGAGCAAAUUUAGAUGGUGAAGAUAAAAAGGAACUAUUUACACAACCGGAAGUAUUUUGGCCAAACGGAAUCACAAUUGACUUUAUUGCUGAACGAAUUUAUUGGGUUGAUGCUAGCAAAGAUUAUAUUGCAAGUUCAGAUUUUAAUGGUAAAGGAUUUUUGAGAAUUUUACAUUCAGAUGCCAGAGUUGAACAUCCAUUUGCUGUGGCUGUACAUAAGGAAUUAAUGUUUUGGUCAGAUUGGAAGAUGUCAAGCGUAUUUUCAGCUGAUAAGGAUCAUGGAAUUAUGAUUAGAACUGUUGCAGAAGAAAUGCUCAAUUUGAUGGACUUGAAAAUUUAUGCUCACUCAAUACAAGAAGGAACUAAUGCUUGCAAUACAAACAAUAACAAAUGCUCACAUUUCUGUGUAGGAGCUCCCAAGAACGGAUUCAAAUGUUUAUGUCCAGAUGGAAUGCAUCUAAGCUCAAAUGGCUACGACUGUCUCUGUCCCGAUGAUCAAAAGCCAUUCUUAAACAACUCGUGUUCACAGAGUGCAAAUACUUGUGCUCCCGGGUUCUUUGCAUGUGCAAACAAACUCUGCAUUCCGAUGACUUAUCGCUGUGACGGAGAAGAUGAUUGUGGAGAUAGAUCGGAUGAGAACGGAUGUGCAAGCAACAAGCCAGCUUGUCCACCACACAUGUUCACUUGUGUGUCUGAUCAGCAAUGUAUUCCUGAAUAUUUUGUUUGUGAUUUCGAAAAGGACUGCACAGAUGGUAGCGAUGAAGCUUCUUGUAAACAACCCAAGUGUAAAGACAACGAGUUUACUUGCGAUAACAAACGAUGCAUUAGCAAGAAAUGGGUCUGUGAUAAAGAGAAUGAUUGUCGUGACGGUUCCGAUGAAAGAAAUUGUGGAUUAAAGAAUCAAACUCAAAUUACAUGUAAAGAAGAAGAAUUUAGAUGUGCAUCAACAGGUGCUUGUAUUCCACUUCAAUGGAAAUGUGAUUCCGAUAAUGAUUGUCCUGAUGCGUCCGAUGAAACAAAUUGCAAUAGAAAUACAACAUGUGAUCCUUGGAUGUUUUCGUGUGGUGAUGGAAAAUGCAUUUACAAAACAUGGACAUGUGACGGUGAAGCAGAUUGCGCAGAUAAAUCAGAUGAAGUGAAUUGUACAACAACAACAGAUACGACCAGCAAGAAGACGCCAAUCAAUUUCGAUAGUAAUAACUGCCAAGACUGGAUGUUUAAGUGUGCCAAUUCAAAAUGUGUGCCGUUCUGGUGGAAAUGCGACUCAGUUAAUGACUGCGGUGAUGGAUCUGACGAAAGAGGAUGCAAUCGUGAUGAUAAUUCUACAAUUGUAAUUCAACCGACAGAAGCUCCAAAGCCACAGAAAUGCGGGCAACACGAAUUUAGAUGCGAUACGGGUGUUUGUAUAUCAAGACGAUAUGUAUGCGAUGGCGUUGCUGAUUGUGGACGAGGUGAGGAUGAAGAAAAUUGUCCCGCAAAUAGAGCAUCAUGCUCAUCAAAUGAGUUCCGUUGUCGCAGCGAUGGAAAUUGUAUGCCAAUGGAGAAAUAUUGUGACGGCGUAAAGCACUGUGCAGAUGGCAGUGAUGAAGAUAUGUGUACAUUUAAAACAAAUGCCACCACAAUUCCAAAUAUUGAUUGCAAGACGAAGCCCGGACUCUUCUUCUGUGAUGAUACUUGCUUCCCACUCAUGAAAGUAUGUGAUAGCGCAAUCGAUUGCAUAUCUGGCGCGGACGAAGAAGACUGUCAGAACAAACAGCGUGUUUAUCAAGUCGUGUCAAUUGGUGUGAACGAGCGAAUGUUAAAUGCUACGAGUUUCCUCAUUUAUUGGUGGAUUGCAGUUCCACAGAAUAUGACGUUUGAAUAUUUACCAUCAAUCUACAGUCAUGGCGAUUGGAAGAAUGUCACAACGUGGAUUGAACAAACUGAAUAUCGAUUUACAAAUUUAGAACCAUUUACACUCUACAAUGUGACUGUUUAUGUAAGAAUUAAAGGAUCAACAAAAGUAUUCGUACCUUAUCUUUACUAUGAAGUUGCAACAGCUGAAGGUGUCCCAACUGAGCCAAUCAAUGUUUCAUCAAUUCAAAUUAAUGGAUCACGUGUACAAGUAAGCUGGUCUCCUCCAAUCAAAACACAUGGACAUUUGGAAGGAUAUAGCGUCUACUAUCGAUCUCAAGUGCAAAGAGCUUCAAAUCCCCAAAUAAUUAGAGUAAGUGCAGCAGAGCUCUCUUUGAUAAUUGAAUCAGAUUUCCAAGGAAAUGUUACAUAUGAGUUUUGGGUCAAAGCCAAAAAUAGAAAGCAUGAAGGACUGUCGUCAAAGAUUGUUCAAUUGAUCUUUGAUGGCACUUCAAACAUCGACUCAAUUGCUGGACUUUCAUUGAAAAAUAUGGAUGAACAUAGCAUGACACUGUCAUGGAACAAAAUUAAGAAGGCUGAAGGAUAUAUUAUUCAACUCGUGUUACCUCAUCCUUAUCCAAGAAUCGAUCCGUAUAGAACUCAAGAUACUUCACUUACGGUAGAGAAUCUAGUAAACGGUGCUCAAUAUGUUGCAAGAGUAUCUGCAUUUGUCAAAAAUUAUACCGGUCGAUCACAGUCACUUAUUCUUAAGAGGAAUGGUGCACCAUUACCAGAAAUUCAAGGAAUUCAGUCAUCACGAGAAAAUGAUAAUGUCAAAUUGUCAUGGUCGAAGCCAACAGUCCCAGGAAUUGGCAAUCAGAAAAUUAUUUAUGGAAUCUAUUACGGAACCAAUUUAGAAGAACUUUUUGAUUUACCAAAGCACAAAACAGAAGAAACCUCAUACGUCCUCUCAGAUCUCCAUGAAUGUCAGUCAUAUCUUAUUGGUAUUGGAAUUGUUGGACCUUUGGGUCCAGGUCCUUUAGGUAAAAAUCCAAGGGCCAUCGAAACACAUUUCAAUGAUAAGAAGCCGCCUAGAAACUUGUCAGUAUCGUUUGAUGAUACCAAGCAUACGAUGGAAAUUUCAUGGUCACACAGUUGCUCAUUGAGCAGCACUAAAUAUCCUACUUAUAUUAUUUCAAUGCGUGAAGUCGUCCGAAACGAAACAACCCACGUGAAGGUUUCACCAUCCUCAAAUGCUACGAUUCAUCAUACGUUCCACGAUAUUCCAAGAGGUGCAAAAUACGAAAUUUCUGUGGCAACAGAUGUUAGAAAUUCUGUGGGUUCAAAUAUUACAGCAACAGCAAUGCCACUUCCGGCACCUCGAUUAAUGAGCAUCUAUCCAGAAAAGAAUGGAUCAUACGUUGUUGCAUGGAAGGAAGUGAAGGAUAUGGGAAAUGAAAAAUUCAUUUACCAAGUGGUUGUGAGACCUGGACACGGUACACGUGAUGAAAAACAUCACGAACCGAUUGUAACAUUGGAAUCCGAACAGCCUCCGAUUUUAGUUCAUCCUAGCCAUGUGGGUGGUGCUCUUUCGGCUGGACAAAUAUUCAAUAUUGGAGUGAGAAUUAAGACUAAACGAGGAAUGUACUCAGACAUUGGUGAUACAGAAAUCUUCGAAGUGCAACCAGACGCAUUCUCAACAGUCCAAGCUGGAUCAUCGAGCGGUGCAUGGCUCUUCAUACUGUCACUAUUUGUGAUAGCUGGUAUGGCUAGUGCAAUCAUGUUCUUGAUCCAGCGACAUCGUAGACUUCAAAAUUCAUUUAGUAGAUUUGCAAAUUCACAUUAUGAUACAAAAACAGGUGCAACAAGGAUUGGUGAUGCUUUGGAGGAUGAUGAUCUUCACCAAGAAGUUCCAUCCGCAUUCUCCCACGCAGAUGACGAGCCGCUGGUGGUUGCAUGAGACUAAUUGGAACUAAAACGACUAAAAAUUGAUUUCGUCUAAUAAAUUCGGUCGCAUUUUAGAAUAUUAUUUAAUUGACUACAUAGCAUGGAUGGUGUUAUUUGGUAGGAUACGCCCCAAUUGCAACACAGGAUAUAAAGUGAAAAGAUACAGAUAUGAGAAGAAGAGAAUAAUUCUUUUUUGAUAUAUAUUAGACAAAGAUUAUUUAAAUAAGUUUGAUAGUAAAAUUUUUAUUAUUCAAAUAAUGUCAGGAAUGUUGAAAACAAAGAUUAAUUUUAGUUUUCAUAUUUUUCGCAUGUAAAACCUUUUUAUUUAUUUCAUAUUAAGUGGAUGUGCAGAUAAAAAACCCUUUUUCUAAUGUAAAUAAUUUGAGCUCUACAAUAGGAUAAAAAUCUGUUAUAUAAAAAAAAGAGAUAAAAAAAAAACUUUAGAAUUUAAGUGAAGAAACCAGUUGAGAAAUCAUUCCCGACAUUGCAAUGUAAUUAAUGUGUGCGUGCAUGUGUCAAAAAAAUCAUAAAAGAAAAAGAAAAAAAGAAUUUAUUCAGGUUUUUGAGAUUAAUUUAUAUUUCUUCUUUUCACAAAAUAGUUUAUAGCUAAUAUGACACAAUUUAUUUUAAAAAAAUGGUAAAACACAAAAGAAAAAAAAAAAUGAAUGAUAAAUUUAAUAUAGCGACGAUGAAAUGUUAAAGACGAUGAAAAAUGUGAUAUUUCUGAAAAAUAUGUAAUCUUUUACUAUUUUUUAAUCUUCCGUUAUUGUAUGAUUUUAUUUUUAUAAUAAUAGAAUGCACUUUGUUAUUUCUUUCACCAAAUGUAUUUAAAACCUGCAUGAGGGGCAACUUUACGAGUACUAUUAUGAUUUUUCCCACGAGUAGGCACACUAUUUGAGACCUAUACUGUUGCAGCUAUCAGUUAAAGUGCGUGGUAGUCUGUGACUUUGAUAAUUUUGUGAUCUACUGGAUGGAAUGUUUUAAAAUGUUGUAUUAUCGUUACAAAUUCUUCAAUAGAUUAUAUUUAUACUAAUUUAUAAUUUGCUUACAAUUCAACUAUUAAGUUUAGAACCAAAUGCACAAAAAGUCAAAGCUUCAAGUCAAACUAAUUUGAGUCGAAUCGAAAUUCAUUUGAAAAUGUUGACAGAAUCGACUCGAGUUGACUUCGAGAUCUGCGAAACAAUGACUGAUUUGAAGAAACUUUCAAAGUUGAAAUUAAUUCAUUUUUAACAAAAAAUAUCCACAAGACUAAAUCAACAAAAAUUCAUAUCGUAAUAGCUACUAGGAAAAUUUUAUUAUGCAUCAAUUUACUCAUAUUUUGAAGAUAAAACUCUUAAGGUUGCUCAUUUAAUCGAUAAAUUAAAAGAUUUUAUUGCUUCCUUAUAGCAAAAAUAUAUUUGCAACGAUAUUAAAGCAUCUCUUUAGGGAAAAUAUUGUAAUAAUCUUGCUCAUUUUUAUUAUUAAUUAAUUACAAUCUUUUGUUAUUUCUUUAUUAAACACAAACACAACAAAAUAUCUAUUAUUUUCAUGUCAAAUUAUUUAACAUAAAUCUUAAUAACAUCACACAAUUAACUAUUUUUCUUUAACUCAUUAAACUACAUUCAGAGGCUAGCUAUAUUAUUUCUUUUCACAUUCUUACUACAAAACUUGACAUCAAAAAAUUAAUAUUUUUUAAUUCAUUAAGUUCCUGAAAAAAAUAAAUAAACGAUUAAUGCCGCCAAAUAAUCUAACAUUGAAGGAAAAAGUCUUAAUGAUGAGAAAGUUAUCAUAACGGUGGUUAGAUGUGAAGAAGUGAUUGACUGAUUGGGUAAAACACAAGCAUUAGAAUGAUGAAAUAAAACGUAAAUUAAGGAAAAUAAUAAAUUUGGAACAUUUCGAAAAAAUUUACCGUGAAAGUUUGAUAUUUUUUCAUGAUCAAAAAACAUUUCGAUUUAAUAAUAAAAAAGAUAAAAAUGAAAAUGAAUGAAAACCUAAUUGUAAAAGUCCGAUGAAAAAAAAAAAAAUCAAUUGUGUAAAUGUAAUAGAUCCUUUAUAUACACGUGAAGGGUUUUGAAUAAAACGUUUUUCUAAAACAUAAAUUGACUGCCUUUUCUAUUCCUUACUUCCGUUAAAGACAGAAUAUACAGUACCGUUCAAAACUGUUUCCAUGUUUGAAGAAAAAUUUUCUUUUCAACAUAUUUAUUAUAAACUAUAACAUUUUCCCAUCAUGUUAUAUAUCGUUUCAAAGCUUGUUUAAUAAGCUAUUUAAAAAUGAUAAGCAACUUUGGAAAAUAUUUAAUUAAAGUAGAAUUUUUACUUAAAAUAUACACUGUCACAUGGAAAC